CUUUGAAAGAAAUGGUAUCAUCUGUCCACCAGACACACCACUCGCCCCCCUCGCCCCACUCCACUCCACCCAACUCCCUCAUCUUCACAUUUUUCAUCUAUAAUAUUUCCAUAGCGUGCGCCCCUUUGCUUCUCUUCUCGAGGGCAUUUCUUGUAUAAAGAAAUAGUAUAUAUGAAGAAAGGGCAAUCGAAUAGCUGGGAAGAAACGCCUCUUAUUCUUUACCAACCGCUCCAUUAAAAUCUCAAACCACAUAAAAAAAUAAAAAUCAAGAAAAAACGACAACAAGAUCGCUCCUUUGAUCUACCCUCUUCUCUUACUCUGCUAUGUCCCGGAUGCAAGGGGAAAGGAGUAUCCUGGAUUCCUUUCCUGAAACAAUUGAUCUGAACCAAGGGUCUUUCUCUAAUAAUGACUCUGUGGAUCAUUCAGCUGCUUGGGAUGACAUGCUAUAUCCAGUUGAGAAUCGACUACCAAAUUACAUGCUUUCCCCCAGUGAGGGAAAUAAUAGUUGUAUAAAUACCAUUAACAGUCAUGCCCGGAGUGUCAGUGGCUGGAAUGCAGGUGAAUCCAGUUCCUCAGCGAAUAAUCUGCAAAACGAAGUCCACAGCGAUGUUUCAAGAAUGAGACACCGUUGGUCAUCCUCUUUCAAUGCUUGCUCUGGUACAGAUGCAAGAACAGAAGAUUGGUCUUUUGAACCGUCUAAUGUCAAUACUGCUGGUUAUGGUGGCAACCAGGCAACUGACAGAUACCUGAGUAUGCCAAAUUCUGGUUCACUUAAUGUAAAUAUGAAUUAUGGAUACGCUGGCGAGAAUGAUGAUCAGAGAGGUAUAAGAUCAGAUCAAUCGCAAACUUUUUACAAGUCUGGUCAAUCAGAUUCAAGGCAGAUUCCUGGUUUUUACACUUCUUCCAAUAGUAGAGGAACUUCUUCUGGUAUUUCUGGUACUUUAUUGGAAAAUGACGACACACCAGGUCCAUCCUUGGAUACUUGGGGUUUAUCCUGCAAGAGAAAGGCUCUUGAAGGUACUUCUCGACAAUUUUACCCAGGUGGAAGUUCCAGCUCCAGUCAACCAAUUGAAAACAUGAUGCAGCACUCUGUUCCUUUACGUUAUGUUGCACCUGGAGGUUUAAGUAUAUCGUCAGAAACUGGCAACUUAAUGAGGGGUAGUCAUUCUGAACAACUAAAUCCGAUGAGCGGGGUUGGCUUGGAUAGAGUAGCAUCUGGAAUUCAUCCCUCUCUAAGUGUUCCAGGAAUUAGAGAAAGCCCUGCUAGAAACUUCGGUGUGAGAUCGAAUCUUGGACACCAGUCUAUGUCAUUUGAUAUGCCCAUAAACUCUGAUGCAAGACAUUCUGGUGUUUAUGCAGCACAGCAGCCCUCGAGACCUCUCUCGAAUAUUGAUUCUUCAGAGUUGAGAGCACCAUUUUCUUUUCCAAUAAAUCUAAGCAAUCCGGUCAACCAAUCUCAUGCGAUGCAUAUCUCUGAGGCGAGAAGUACGCUCCCAUUUCCUUGGAAUGGAUCUCCCAAUGCACGAAGUGGCAGCUCAUCUGGCUCUUUAAUGCUCACUGGAGAAAGAAGUUCUGCAGUGAAUGAAGAUGCUAAUUUUAGAAACCCUCUCAGAAAUAAUGCUGAGUAUCCCUUGUUUAUUUCUUCUCCAGAGACGAGAAAUAUGUUGCAGGGACAAAUUGAUUGGAGUUUUGUUCCUGGAACUUCUGGAUCUUUGAGAAAUAGUUCUCCUGCUUCUCGGGCUGGCUCCAGUUCUAGUGUGCGAAGUAUUCCCCCUGGGUGGACACCUCAUCAGAAUCCAGCAACGCAAAGCCAGCAAACGUCAUCAGAAUUUUCCUUCCCGGCUCCCUUCCCGUUUGUUGAGUCUGAUUCUGGAAUUCGAAGAAGUCAUUUCUCGGCCAUGCCUUCAGCCUCUUCUACCUCAGAUGAGGUCAGAACUAGUAACCAGACCCGCAACCAAUCAGAUCAAAGGUCAGCAUUCUUGAUGGCAGUUCAGGGUGGUGACAUCAGUGGUUGGCGUGCUUUAGCUGCUGAUACUGAUGGGAGACAAAGACUGGUACGCCAUUUCUUGCAUGCGAUGCGGAGGGGUGUCCACUUACGAGCAGAGGAUUAUAUGCUAAUUGACCCUUUUAUAAAUGGAUUUGCUGAGAUGCAUGACAGGCAUAGAGAUAUGAGGCUCGAUGUUGACAAUAUGUCUUACGAGGAACUAUUGGCUUUGGAAGAACAAAUAGGGAAUGUAAGCACGGGAUUGAGUGAGGAAAAGAUUUUGGGUUCAAUGGAACACCGGAAGUAUGAACCGUUCGGAUUCUCGUCAAAUUUCGAGCCGUGCUGUAUAUGUCAGGAGGAUUACAUUGCUGGAGAUGAUAUCGGGAUAUUGGAUUGCAAGCACGAGUUCCACACCAAGUGCAUUAAACAGUGGUUGAUGCUGAAGAAUCUGUGUCCCGUCUGUAAAAUGACGGCCUUGGAUACCUGAAACGAGACUACAUUCUGCCAUUCUAAGCUUAUAAAUUGGGUUCUCCCAGUAUUUUAUUCUACUAUUUAAAAUGUUUUCAUCCAGUAAUGAUGGAGAAACUAUGCGCACAUUUCCAUAAGUUGAAAGACACUGCUUUAUCAACGUUUUUGUAUCCAAAGAACAAAAAAAAAGGAAAAAAUCGACAGACAUUCGACUAAAUUUAUGGCUCUAAAGGACCUUUGGACAAUUUCUGGUCGUAAUAUUGUUAUUGGAAAGACCUUUAUUGGUAUUAUAGUUA